GAGAAGGAGAGAUAAAAAACUCUGUACAGUGGUUUGAUAUAGUUCCAUAUUCGGCGUACAUAAAGAACCGACAGACGUCAACUAAGGGCUGAAAAAGUCAAAGGUUGGUCGCCAAAAAUCGUUAGAAAAAACGGCUGAGUAGGAAGAGUUUCGUGGCCAGAAUUUUUUCUAACGGGGAAAGGAUUCCCAAAAUUCUGACUGAGAAACGGACGAAAGAUUGGAAUACAAUAUAAGGGCAAAGAACACGCGACGUCGCGACGCCUUGGUGAUUUAUUUUAGAUUUUAAGAAUGGACGGUAAAACUGAUGACGAGGGUAGCCGCAGCGUCAACGAGGGCGACUGGAUCUGCCCAGAUACCCAAUGUGGCAAUGUUAAUUUUGCUAGACGCAAUUCUUGUAAUCGGUGUGGCAAAGACAGAGGAGAAUGCCCGAAGAAGAAGAAACUUGGGCAAGAGAUUGGCAAAGCCGCAGCAGAGAAGAGCAGGGGCUUGUUCAGUGCGGAUGAUUGGCAAUGCAGUAAAUGCGGUAAUGUAAACUGGGCACGGAGGCAACAAUGUAAUAUGUGCAACGCACCAAAGUUUGGAGAAGUUGAAGAACGGACGGGAUAUGGCGGUGGUUACAAUGAUCGUGGGGUUGUAGAAUAUAAGGAAAGAAAGGAUGACGACGACGACGAAUAUGACGAAUUUGGUAGGAGAAGGAAAAAAAGGAAAUUAGACAACAGAAGCUCUGACGAGGACUCCAAGGACUCUAUAAGAUACGUCAGCCCUCCGAGGAGCAGACCAAAGGAAGAAGUCAAAAUUCAAGAAAUUAAGGCUGAUCUAAACGAAGAUGAGGAUAACGAAGAUGAGGAGGACGAUGACGAUGGAGAUUUAUCCAAGUACGACCUAAGCGAGUGGGACGAUUUUGUUCCAGUAAAAAAAAAUGCAAAUGGCAAGAUAACUUCCUCGCGUGACCAGCGGUCAAGGUAAACACGGAACGGGGACGAAGGGCUGGACUCGGGCACUUCCAGCCAGUAAAUGGCUGGCUAGGACAGGUUUGGUUUGGGUUUUGGGUAUAAACUUGAAUACAAGAGACGUACUUUUCGUCUAAAAUAAAACCAAGAGAUUUGCUACCAAUUGAAGCAUCGACUCGAAUCUCCCAGCCUUUCUCAGUCGAAUUAAAAACUAAAAUAGACCAGACAAAGCCCUCCCGAACACGAAUUGGCAAAUCUCUUACCCUAGUCCCAAGCAGUUUGCUACAAGAUGUUUUCAUUUACAGGUUCGAAUAGCGAAGACGAGAAUAUUCUGAAGCAAAGUGCAAGAUCGAUGGGCACACUGCGAAGCUGUGCUUUUCGGGCAAAAAGCCAAAAAGAGCAUCAGCUAACCACAGGGGCUAAUCCCACUUUUCCUAUACUAACUUAUUCACCGAUAAAAAUUUUUUUAAAUCAGCAGCGUAGCCAGCACUUGCGAUACUACAUACGAUAGCCAGAUUAUCGUCGGGAAAAAAAUCUAAAUAAUCGAAUUUACAGUCCCAUAGAAAUAAUCAAUCGGUAGCCUCCUGCUGUAUGAAAGGAGAAAGAAAAAAGAAUUUUUAAUUACAGCAGACUCAUCAAUCAUCUUCUACGUCUCUUAUUAAUGUAAAAAUUACCUUUCCAAAAAUGUAAUUAAAUUUCAGUCUGUGGGAUGAAAAAUAUAAGCCUCACAAUAUUCCAGUACAUACGACAAGAAACCAAAAAAAGAAUCUUGUGAUUAUCGUGUUUGAAAAAAAAGAUUCUGUUCUUUUUGAUAGUAAAUUUUUUUUUCGUACUGAAACUGAAAAAAAAAAUAAUAAUUACGUGAUACAAUUUAAAUUACCUAAUAUUAUAAAACCGGUUACAUCAAUCAGAAUGCUAAAUGAAGCAUUUACAAAAACAACAACAAAACAAUGCUAAGCAAACAAUAACUGGUAAUUAAAAUAUAUAUCAUUUAAAUACCGUCCCCGUUGAAACGGUAAAAAAAACUGUCUAUAUUAAUUAAUAUUAAAUAAUGUUGAGAAAAAAAAACAAAAAAGAAAAAAAACAAUCAAGUCCGUAAGAAAUAGAAGAAAAAACCUACGGAAUUAUUUAAUAGAUUAAUAAAUUCUGGUAUCAACUUCUUGUAAA